CAUCCCUCCACAUGACGGACGUAUUGAAAUUCUAGCGGGAAAAGAACAUCUUGAAAUCUUCAGCCCUCUCUCCCUCUCUCUCUCUCUCUCACAGGCCACAAUCCCAUGGCGACGAGAAAGCAUUUCUCCCGUCGCCCCUCACCACCGAACCGCCGGUUCUCAACUCCCACCAGAAGGCGUCCACCAGCUCGAACGACUCAACAAGGAUCUCAAGAAGAUCCAGCGUCAUCGCCUCGCCCAACACCGGCCUCGGAAAGUCAAGCGAGUGGGCGGGAUGAGGUACCUGCAAAUGCACAGGCAGGGCUUUCAUCAGGGAGGAAGCCGCUGAAGCCCCACAGGUUCAGGCCGGGGACUGUGGCUCUUCGGGAGAUAUGGAAGUAUCAGAAGUCCUGUGAGCUGUUGAUACCCGCAGCUCCUUUCAUUCGAUGUGUAAGGGAGCUAACUGCUUUCUAUUCUAGGGGAGUUAAUCGUUGGAUGGCUGAUGCUUUAGUAACAAUCCAAGAGGCAGCUGAAGAUUAUUUGGUCCAUUUGUUCGAAGACGGAAUGAUUUGUGCCUUCCAUGCAAAACGUGUUACGCUUAGUAAGUUUGAUUUCUUAAAAAUGAUCCAUUCAUCUUUUUGUUGAUUCAAAUUGAACUUCUUACAUGCAUGAAAUGGUGCUCAGAUCUCCACACAUUAUAUGCAUUGUUAAGAACUGUGUCUACAGUUAGAGCUCGUGCCUUAAUGGUAGACAUUGCAUUUCAACAUUGAGGCCUCAUAUGUGAUAGUGAAUGUGAUAGUUUGGCUCACUAAAACUGCAGCCUGGGGUGACUGGCUUGGUAAAAUUGGCCUGAGAGAGUUCCUGUCUGUGUUGGAGACAAGUGUGAGAUCCAAUCUGCCCCAUCUUGAGGGUCUGGCCAUGUAGAUGCCUUGGCCUAAAAGCUAGGCCUGCCCACUCAAAAGGUGCGCCUCAAUGUUAGAAACAAAUGGACAGCUAAGGAAAACUCAAUGUUAGAAACAAAUGGACAGCCAUGAAAACUUAAUCAAUUGUCUUAGCCAUCCAUUUGUUUUGUAAACUAUGGGCAGACUGCCAAAUUUGUGAAUAGGCAUGAUUAUUCGACAAGGUAUCUACACUAUGGGAGCCACCUGAGGGACUGAUAGGAUCAUGCACCCAUAUGGGACUCCCACUUUUAUGGGA